GGAAGUAGAUAUUUCUCCGAAGGCGGAAGUCUGAACUCCUGUGGAGCUGCUUUCAUUUUUUUUUCUCCCUUUCUCGUCUUAAUCCUCGUAAUUCCCGCAGCCUCUCGGUGGGCGUUGCGGAGCGGGAUUCUCUCUGGUUUUUCACUCGCGGUGGCAGGUCCGGAGCGCGGAGCGAUCGGAUCUCUGUUGAUCCUGAGUAUCUGAGCAGAUUUUAGGCGGAAAAACAAAAUGAGGGCACGGAACUUGAAGGUCUCCGUCACGAAAGUAGCUGUUUCAUACUGUACUCUCUUGACUCUACAUGAGAAUUGAUCCUACCUUUUCUACUGUAUGAUCCAGUAAGAAAAAUCAACAAAACCAGCAAAAGGAUUACAGGGAUCCAUAUGAGUGAACUUGGUUCUAGUUUCCCAACAACGUUUUAAGCUGCCUGAUUCAAUUUGGAGGAACAGACAUGAGUGGCUCCAAACCUGAUAUUCUGUGGGCUCCACACCAUGUUGAUAGAUUUGUUUUAUGUGACUCAGAACUCAGUCUCUAUCGUAUUGAAUCUGCAGUAAGUUCAGAACUCAAAGCAGGAUCACUGCGUUUAUCUGAAGAAACUGCAGCUACUCUUUUGUCCAUUAAUUCAGAGACUCCAUAUUUGAAAUGUGUGGCUUGGUAUCCAAAAUUUGACCCUGAAUGUCUACUGGCAGUUGGGCAAGCUAAUGGUCGAGUUGUUUUGACUAGCCUUGGCCAAGACCACAAUUCAAAAUGCAAAGAUUUGAUAGGAAAAGAAUUCGUUCCAAAGCAUGCUCGACAAUGUAACACCCUGGCAUGGAAUCCAUUGGACAGUAACUGGCUUGCUGCUGGCUUGGAUAAACAUCGAGCUGAUUUUUCAGUAUUGAUCUGGGAUAUAAGUAGUAAAUAUACUCCAGAAAUUUCAAUUGCCACUGAGAAAUUAAGGCUUUCAAGUGAUAUUGAAUCAGGAUUGGUUGUAACAAAAUCACUGUAUGAAUUAGGUCAGAAUGAUGCUUGUCUUUCUCUUUGUUGGCUUCCACGAGAUCAGAAACUUCUUUUAGCUGGAAUGCACCGAAACCUGGCUAUUUUUGACCUUAGAAACACGAGCCAAAAAAUGUUUGUGAACACCAAAGCUGUUCAGGGUGUUACUGUUGAUCCAUACUUCCAUGAUCGUGUGGCUUCCUUUUAUGAAGGUCAGGUUGCCAUAUGGGACCUUAGAAAAUUUGAGAAACCUGUACUAACACUGACAGAACAACCAAAACCUUUAAUAAAAGCAGCGUGGUGUCCUACAAGAACAGGUUUAUUAGCUACUUUAACCAGAGAUAGUAAUGUCAUCAAGCUCUAUGAUAUGCAGCAUACUCCCACGCCAAUAGGGGAUGAAACAGAACCUACAAUCAUUGAAAGAAGUGUUCAGCCUUGUGAACACUGUAUUGCUUCCUUUGCCUGGCAUCCCUCAAGUCAAAAUCGAAUGGUUGUUGUGGCUUCUAACAGGUCUAUGUCAGAUUUCACUGUGUUUGAAAGAAUCUCUCUGGCAUGGAGCCCAGUUACUUCUUUAAUGUGGGCUUGUGGAAGACAUUUGUAUGAAUGCACAGAAGAAACUAGAUCUUUUGAAAAAGACAUAGCCACCAAAAUGCGCCUCAGGGCUUUAUCCAGAUAUGGCCUAGACACAGAACAGGUCUGGAGAAACCAUAUUCUUGCAGGAAGUGAAGACCCGCAACUGAAGUCACUUUGGUACACUCUGCACUUUAUGAAGCAAUAUGCUGAUGAUAUGGAUCAGAAAUUCACAGGAAACAAAGGAUCCUUGGUUUAUGCAGGCAUCAAAUCUAUAGUGAAAACUUCUAUGGGAACAACAGAGAACUUGAGGCACAGCCGAAGUGGAUCUGACAGACAUGCAGAUAUUAUUCAGUAUAUGAGUGAAGAAAGAUCAUUGGCUUUGCAGCUUUGUGGAUGGGUAAAGAAGGGGGCAGAUCUGGAUGUGGAACCCUUUCUGUGUUCUUUGGAGCAAGAAGGAGAUUGGGAGCGAGCUGCUGCUGUAGCGUUAUUCAAUUUGGACAUCCGACGAGCAAUACAGAUAAUGAACAAAGGAGCAUCUUCUGGCAAAGGUGAUCUAAAUCUUAAUGUGGUGGCUAUGGCAUUGUCAGGCUAUACAGAUGAAAAGAAUUCCUUGUGGAGAGAAAUGUGCAGCACUCUUAGGUUGCAGCUAAACAAUCCUUACUUAUGCGCCAUGUUUGCUUUCUUGACCAGUGAAUCAGGCUGUUAUGAUGGGGUUUUGAAUGAAAGUAAUGUAGCUGUACGAGACAGAGUGGCGUUUGCUUGUAAAUUCUUAACUGAUAUACAGCUAAACAGAUUCGUUGAAAAACUAACAAAUGAAAUGAAAGAGGCUGGAAAUCUUGAAGGAAUCCUACUGACAGGACUCACAAACGAUGGAGUUGAUCUGAUGGAAAGUUAUGUAGAUAGAACAGGGGAUGUUCAGACAGCAAGCUAUUGUAUGCUGCAGGGUUCUCCCUCUGAAGUGCUCAAAGAUGAUCGAGUUCAGUAUUGGAUUGAAAGUUACCGGAAUCUGUUGGAUGCAUGGAGAUUUUGGCAUAAACGAGCUGAAUUUGACAUUCAUCGAAGUAAACUGGAUCCCAGCUCAAAACCUUUGGCACAGGUAUUUGUAAGUUGCAACUUUUGUGGAAAAUCAAUCUCUUAUAGUUGCUCAACUAUACCACAUCAAGGCCGAGGUUUCAGUCAGUAUGGUGUAAGUGGAUCACCAACCAAAUCCAAAGUCACAAGUUGUCCUGGUUGCCGCAAACCUCUUCCUCGCUGUGCUCUUUGUCUGAUAAAUAUGGGUACUCCAGUUUCCUGCUGCCCAGGAGGAUCCAAGUCAGAUGAAAAAGUGGAUCUCAGCAAGGACAAGAAGUUAGCUCAGUUCAACAACUGGUUUACUUGGUGUCACAACUGCAGGCAUGGUGGUCAUGCUGGACAUAUGCUCAGCUGGUUCAGAGAUCAUAAUGAAUGCCCUGUUUCUGCAUGUUCCUGUAAGUGUAUGCAGCUGGAUACAACAGGAAAUCUCAUCCCAGCAGAGGUGGUUCAGCCAUAAAGUAGAGCUUUUCUAAGAAUUUUCACAACAUCUCUAAUAUGUGUCCUUCACAGUCCAAAUACAUACCUCAGAACAAGUUAUUCAUGACUUCCUUAUAACAGGCAUAUAAAUCAUUUUAUCGCAUCAGCAAUUUGUGCAGAUGUUUUUUGAUGUGUUUCGCAUAUUCAAGUUCUUCUUGGCUAAGUUUUUCAGACAUGUCAUGUGGGUUUUAUUCAGUGAUUUGUGAAGUAAUUCUUUUCAGAAGGUUCAUUGAAAUUUAGAGGAAGACUUAUGCUAUCUGCACCUUGAUCUCCAUCUAAGAUAAAGUACCAUUGAACACUCUUUUUAUGAAUUUUACAAACUUUCAGGAAACUGUUCACUGGGAGGCAAAUAAGUGUGUAUUAGAUGUAUUUUACACUUUUUCUAUUAGUAUUUUUUCUUAUAUCUGAGAAAGUUUCUAUGUUUUAUUUGCUCACAGUAUAGUAGAAUUAGCUACAAUUCUGUGACAAUCUUUGAUUAGCUUAAGUUUUACUUAGUUUGAAUAAAUAGUAAAACUGAAAUUCAGUUACUGUGAAUUAGUAUAUUAAUUUGAAUAUUGCUUUGAGUUAGGACAACCAUUUCUAUCACAGAAUUUGAAUGAACAAUCUGAAAAAAAAUAGCUUUAAUCACUGUUAUAGGUUCCACUUUUUUAUUAUUAUACUAAUGGUUUUUGCACCAAAUAUUUCACUGCAAGUGUUUCUCCGUUGAUUAAAAUCUGUUCAACAUACAAUGGAAGCUUUGUAAAUAUGUUACCAACAACAAAACAGUAAAUUGAUUGGAAUAACAAGUGUAUUCAUUUUAUGGUCUUGCUGACAAAAUUGAUUUUUUUUUACCCCUUAUACAUUCAGCACUGUAGGAUCAGGAAGGGAAGGAAAAUACCAUCCUGCAUGAGUAGAAAUUAAUUUGGAUAACAUUGGGUAUAUCCUGGUAUACUUAUUAGUCUACAUAUUUUCUAUCAAUUACUAAUUUAACAAGGAUGCUAUUCAAAAUUUCAGUAGAUAACUAGAAACCCUCUACUUUCAGUGCAAUUUAAUAACUGCUUUAUAUAACACUUAACUAAUUGUAAAUUUAAAUUUUGUAUUGUUGCAGGUUAGGAUCUAAGAAUCAACAAUAUUUUAAUUCUUUGCUUUUCUGUUUUUUGAAAAAAUCUUUUUGUAUGAAAAAUAUUCUUCAGAAACCUAGAUAAUGGGCACAAAGGAAAGGAAUAUAAAAAUGUUUCAUUUAUGGAAAUGUCCUCUAUUUGUACCCAGGAUGUGAGCAAAAUCUAUAUGAAUACCUUGUUUAUAAGGGGAAAAAAUCCUUAAUGGAUAAAAUUGUAUUUAUUUUUAUGUUUGGGUUCUGUUGAGUGAUAUGUAGACUUUCUCAAUUACUUCCAAUCAAAAUUUUGUGUUUUUAAUUUGUUAUAUAUUUUUGGAAUAUUAAUACACAAUCAAUUGGUUCUAAUAAUUGUCUCGAAUAUUAAGCCAUUAAGCGCAAUUUAGAAACUGUGUGUGUCCUUGUAUUUGAGGUACAUGGAUAGUAAAUUGUCUUCUGCCCUUUAUGUAAACAUGAACUGAUAAUAUCUGGAUUUUGAAAAGUAGGAAAUUUGAGUUUAAUUUCAUGAGUAGGGACAUCUUGCAUCAAGUUACCUUAGUAGAUAGCCAUGACAUAUUGCUAGAUAGCUACUCCUAGAAUCCCCCAGUUAGCACAAUGGCUAGGGAAUUCUGGGAUUUGAAAGCUAUACAUUUUAAAAUUGCCAAGGUUGAGAAACUUAGUUCUAGAAUAUCCUUACCAAUCUGGCAACUUCCAAACAGCUUGGAUUUGUCUCUUCCAGAAUUCUCAACUAAGUUCUGGUUAUUGCAGUGGUGAAAAGGUCUUCAAAUCAGCUCCUAAAGCUAUGUCUUCAUUGUAAAACAAUAACUCAGCGAAGUUUUAGUAGGCAUUACAACUACUUGGAUUCCAUUAAUACAACUGCUUCCAUUUUAACUAAAAUAAAUGCUUGAUUUGAUUGCACAGUUUUGAUUAUGAUUAUUAGAUUAAGCUUUUGCUGUAAUUCUGUAUUGAAACAUUAAGUUACACUUCAUUUUUGCCUUUUCAAUAUACUUUUAAGAUUUAAUAUUAUAUUGAAAAGAAGAGUGGAGCAUCGCCUAAUUUUGAAUCAUUAUUAUUAUUAUUUUGCAUUUUAUGGUUUAUAUACACAAAUUGUUUUGCUGCAUUCAAAUUUUCUUAUUAAAUAUCCAUAUAAUACUAUAA